AUGGGCCAAGAAAUCUCCACGCCGAACGACGCACGAAAUGAAGAAGGCAAAGGAAGCUACAAAAAGAACCUAAAGGGAAGCAACGCAAAGGGGGAGCAGAAAGAAGGCAGUUUGCAAAUGUCUAAGAAGAUUGCCCAAAACAGUUUUAACAAUAGCAAGUUAAGGCCGGGCAUGUUCAUACAAAACAGCAACGUGGUGUUUAAUGAGCAAUACAAGGGAAUCAAAAUUUUGGGGAAAGGAUCCUUUGGAGAAGUGAUCCUCAGUAGGGACAAGCACACAGGACAUGAGUACGCCAUAAAGGUCAUAAGCAAGAAGCAUGUAAAGAGAAAAACAGAUAAGCAAAGUCUCCUGAGAGAAGUAGAACUGUUAAAAAUGUUAGACCACAUCAACAUCAUGAAACUGUAUGAAUUUUUUGAGGACAAUAAUUAUUACUACUUGGUGUCUGAUGUGUAUUCUGGUGGGGAGCUAUUCGACGAGAUCAUCAGCAGAAAGAGGUUCUAUGAAGUAGAUGCAGCUCGAAUUAUAAAACAGGUUCUGAGUGGAAUCACCUACAUGCACAAGAACAACGUGGUGCAUAGGGAUUUGAAGCCAGAGAACAUUUUGCUGGAGACGAAGAACAAGGAGGACAUGAUCAUUAAGAUCAUCGACUUUGGGUUGUCUACGCAUUUUGAGUACAGCAAGAAGAUGAAGGACAAGAUCGGCACUGCGUAUUACAUUGCGCCUGAUGUGCUGCACGGCACGUAUGAUGAGAAGUGCGACAUUUGGUCCUGCGGCGUCAUCCUCUACAUUUUGCUCUCAGGCUGCCCGCCCUUCAACGGAUCGAACGAGUACGACAUCCUGAAGAAAGUCGAGACGGGCAAGUACACGUUCGACCUGCCCCAGUUCAAAAAAAUAAGCGACAAGGCGAAGGACCUGAUUCGGAAAAUGCUCAUGUACACUAGUGCCGUGAGAAUUUCCGCUAGAGACGCUCUAGAGCAUGAGUGGAUAAGGCUCAUGACGAGCAAGGACAACGUGAGCAUCGACAUUCCCUCCCUGGAGCUUAGCAUCACGAAUAUAAGGCAAUUCCAAAGCACGCAGAAGUUAGCGCAGGCAGCUCUGCUCUACAUGGGGUCCAAACUCACAACCAUAGAUGAGACAAAGGAACUCACCAAAAUAUUUAAGCGCAUGGAUAAGAACGGAGAUGGGCAACUAGAUCGAAACGAACUAGUAAUAGGCUACAAGGAGCUACUGAAACUGAAGGGAGAAGAUACCAGCGACUUAGAUAAUGCAGCCAUUGAGUAUGAGGUGGACCAGAUUUUGAGCUCCAUUGACUUGGACCAGAAUGGCUACAUAGAAUACUCGGAAUUUUUAACCGUUGCUAUUGAUAGGAAAUUGCUCUUGUCGACUGAACGUCUGGAGAAGGCAUUCAAGCUGUUCGAUAAGGACGGCUCGGGGAAGAUCUCCGCCAACGAGCUGGCGCAGCUCUUCGGGCUCAGCGACGUGGGGUCCGACUGCUGGAAGACGGUGCUCAAGGAGGUCGACCAGAACAACGACGGGGAGAUCGACUUCAAGGAGUUCCGCGACAUGCUCGUCAAGCUGUGCAACUAUUAAGGGGGGGCAGCCCACCUGAGUGGGG